UGAAACAGAGUCAAUAUAAUUUCUUUAUUACUUUUAUGAAUUUUUCUUGUAGAGAUGAAAUUAAAAAAUAAAAUAAAAUAAAAUAAAAAUAGGAAAAUAAAAUUCUUUCUAUAAGCCACAAUCUUUGAAUUAGGAGUUCGUAAAGCUACAAUCUCUCGCUUACGCCUCGCUCGACAAGAGAGCAAACUUAAUAAAGAAAAUUUUCUUCACAAACUGAAACUUUAUGGAUAAUAGCGACAAUCCAACUACCAUAAUGUGUACAGUGCUAGCCAUUGAUCACUCUAAUCUUUUCUACAGAGCAUGUUCUUUAUGCGAAAGAACACUUCCUGAUACUCCAAAUUCUCAAUGUGGAUUCUGUAACAACUUCAAUCAUUCUUCCUCCAAGCGAUUUUUUCGUCUCCUUGUUGCAAUAGCUGUUGAUACCAAGGUGCUAAAUGUGAUUUGCUUUGAUAGAGCUGCUAGAAUCUUGUUUGGUUGCUCUGCUGAUGAGUUUUUUGACUUUGCCAAGAUUCACCCUUUUGCUUCUGCCAAUGCUGGUAAAGCUCUUGAAGGAGAGAUGUUUAGAAUGACAUUGUCAAAGCCAAAGAAUGGUAAUGCGCAACAUUUGCGAGCAGUGUCAAUUUUGCCUUUGAGGACUGGUUUCCAGCCAGCAAUUGAAACAUUGAAAGAGUUGUAUGGGGUAAGAGCAAGUUCUUGAUUCUUCUUUUCAAUUCCUUCAUGUAACUUGCCAUGGUCUAUCUGUUAUGCUACGAAGCAUAGUUUUCAAGUAAUCUGGCUAGAUGAUUUUGUGGUUUCUGUUCUGUUUCUUCUGUCAAUGGAAGUGGAAAACAAAAAGAGGGUUCUUUUGUUGUUACUAGCUGUGGUUGAUAUAGUUUUGUUUGAUCAAUUAUUCAAGUGCCGCAUUUUGUUUCU